GCCGGGCUGCGGCCGGCCCCGCGGAGCGGAGCCCGGCCUGGCGGGGUCGGCUUCGACCUCACGUGUCAACUCUCCUCAUUAUAAUGCCGAAGCACACCUCCAUCCCAAAGGCUGCCCGCCUCCACGGCGUGACCACCCCUCGCUGCGCGUGUGCUCUGAAUUUCUCCGGGCCUAUACCUUUAAAGCAGAAGCAAGGAAGUUUUACACCAAUCAUGAUGAAGUUACGUAUGACUAAAAUCACUGAAGCUCCACCUAAAAGUAAGAAAAUAAUAUAAAAUGUCUUCAGAGGAAGACUUAUGGAAGAUACCAUCGCAGACAAGUCAGGAGGGCACUGCUGAUUUCUGGGAUCAGUUGACGGGCUGAACCUCUCUUCCCUUCAGUAGGGAUAACUAUUAGGUACAUCAUAUUUUCUGACACUUGAAGAAAAACACCACUGCAACUCUGUGAACUGCAAAACCACAAAGUGUGGCAACCCUCCCUACCUCCAGCUUCCCUUCUUUACUGUGACGUUCUUGUUGGGACCUUUGGUUUCAUCCCCGCUGGGUGCACAGCAAGUGGCCUGCCACCAGGGUCAGAAGGGAGGAAGCAGUUUGCAGGUCAGGGAGAGCCAUGGCCUUGAACUUGUAUGUCUUUCACGUCUUCUAUAAAUUCAAAGUGCUGCUGCUCGUCACUUUGGGUUUGAUGGUGCUAUGGGCCACAUUCAGUUACUUUGUGGACUCUGGGCAGUCAAUUCCUAAACCUAAGAAUGUGGUGGAGGAUUUCAGAAAGGCAACUAGCCUACAGGAGGAAGGCAACAAUUGGAAGGACGAGAAGAUGAAAUUAACUGCAGCAGUUCCUGCAACAACUUCACCUCAGGGUCCCUGUCCAGCUGUGUCUCCAUACCUGCGAGGUGCCAGCAAACUGACCUUCAAACCCUCUCUCACACUAGAAGAAGUGCAAAAGGAGAACCCUCAGGUGGCCAAGGGCCGGUAUCAUCCCACCGAGUGUUCAGCACUGCAGCGCGUAGCCAUCCUCAUCCCGUACCGCAAUCGGGAGAGACACCUGCUGUACCUCCUGGAGCACCUCCACCCCUUCCUGCAGAGGCAGCAGCUGGACUACGGCAUCUACGUUAUUCACCAGGCUGGCAACACCAAAUUUAAUCGAGCUAAACUGCUGAAUGUAGGAUACCUAGAGGCCCUAAAAGAAGAGAACUGGGACUGUUUCAUUUUCCAUGAUGUGGAUCUGGUGCCAGAGAAUGACUUUAACAUUUACAUGUGUGACAGACAGCCAAAGCACCUUGUAGUUGGCAGGAACAGUACUGGAUACAGGUUACGUUACCAGGGAUAUUUUGGAGGUGUAACUGCUCUAACAAGAGAACAGUUUUCCAAGGUGAAUGGAUUCUCUAACAACUACUGGGGUUGGGGUGGAGAAGAUGAUGACCUUCGAAUCAGGGUUGAGACGCAGAAGAUGCGAGUGGUGAGGCCAUCUGCUGAUGUAGCCAGGUAUACAAUGAUCUUCCACAACAGGGACCAUGGCAACGAGGAGAACAGAGACAGGAUGAAGCUUCUACGCCAGGUAUCUAAAAUGUGGAAGACAGAUGGGUUGAACUCCUGUUCAUAUGAACUGCUGUCAGUGGAACACAACCCUCUGUACAUCAACAUCACAGUGGAUUUCAGCAUACAGCCAAAGGUCUCGUAAGGGUGAGCACCACGCAGGUUAUAGGAAAUGGCAGUGCAUCUUGUUUGUGGUUGCUGCAACAACUGACGGGCAGCACACUGCUUGAAAGAGUACUUCAGUAGCACAGAAGAAAGUUUCUCUUCACAGCAUCUCGUUGGUCAGUUGGGAAUCUCAUUUUGUGAGACUGGACUGGAGAUGGGGACUGACCUGUGGACAGGUCCUGGUGUUCUUGGGUGCACUUUCUGCUGGUGUGUGUGUAAACGUUUUCUUGUUUGGGCUGGUCCAGUGGAAGGACUUGAACUAAGUCUCCUGGAAAAAAAAAAUUCUUGCAACUAUUCCUAAAUUUCCAAUUUGUCAUAGCAGGAAGGCAACAUUGCCACAACUUAAAAAGGAGCAGGCUAGUCUUUGCCCCUUAAAAGCACAAGAAUUCCUUACCAUUUACAAACUCGCUGAGAUUUUUCCAGUCUAAGGAAAAACUGCUUGUGUGGGGAGGAAUGGCAAUAAUGGUAAUAGGUGGGGAGAUGUUCCUCUCUUAAUAAAAGGCAAUCUACUUAAUUAAAAAGGCAUCUCUUGUCUUUUGUAAGCUCACCUUGCCAUGCAGUGGGAAUGCUCAAGCAUCCUGGGGCAGAAUGAAGUCUCAUUUAAUCCUGCAAUAGGCUGCAGGUUGUGCAUUAUUCUGGAGAGAUCUGGAAGGAAGUGCACUGGUUAACUAUUAGAGAUGGAGAGAGACUGCUGUCCAUCCUGCCUCUUUUAUGCUUUAGGCCACACUGUUAGCAGCAUGCAUACUACUAUGGCUACCAGGCCAUUACUAUUUGGGUAUUUUGUUCUAGAAGGUUGGUGUGAAUGCUGUAGGACUUCAGCUAAUGCUCUGGUUAGAGCACUGCAUUAUUGUAUGAGAUCUGUGUUUAUGCCUGCUAGUUGUAAGUACACACAGCCCCUACAGGCAGGUGCAAAGCCAGCAUUGGGAGAGCUGCUUUUAGGAAACUAUAGUAAGAAUUACAUGACGAAAAGCAACUUCUGAUAGUACUGAAGGAUUCUCUCUGGUUGACGUGUAUUAGUCCAACUGCAGAGAAGAACAGAGCCUUUAAUAGAUUUCUGGGUGUUAGUGAGAUAGAGCUUUUGAGUGAACAGAGAACAGGAACUUGACUGUAAUAUCUACACAUAACAAGGUAAAAUAUCCCAUCUUACACUUACUGACUGACAAAGAUUACAAAAAAAGGGCAAGGUGUAGAGAAGACUAUCAGUGUUACUGUCAGGAAAGUUCAAAUGCAUUCCUGCCAGGAUCACAGCUCCACUGUUGACAGAUCUUACUUAAAAUUUUUCCUCUAGUAUUUAAUUUCUGAGAAUUGUUUUUUAUAUUGAAGACAGAUCAACCUUGAGAGAUUAU